AGGACUCGGAUCCGUUAGUGACGCACUGCCAGGUCAUGGUGGAAGCAGAGACAAUUGUGGCAUUGGUGGCUGCGCAAAUAGUGGAAAGAAGCUACGUAAAGCGAGAACAGCGUUUACAGACCAUCAAUUAAAUGAGUUAGAGCAGAUGUUUGAAGAGCAGAAGUAUCUUAGCGUACAGAACCGUAUGGAAUUGGCGACAAAGCUAGGCCUGACGGAUACGCAAGUGAAGACAUGGUACCAAAACAGAAGGUGA